ACAGCUUGAGUUAGGAAGAGUCGCUGGACUAAGAAUGUAUUAGAUGGUUCCGACGGGACUCUAUGAGUGCAGAAUUGGUGAUACGAGUACUAAGUAAACAUAAACAUAUACAUGUACCAUAUAAUGAAAAGCUAUCGAUGGCAGUAUAUACCUACCUGAAUUUACAAUGUCAGCCGGAGCGGGUUGGUCUGCUAGUACCACGUUGCAUUGGUACGUCAUUCCGUUUGACCUCCCCUAACAUCAUGUUAGCGAGUGGUGUUAACCCUUCACCCCAUCUUCAUUGAUGGAGCUUCCGUCCCAAUUCUAAUCCUCCUCGUCUAAAGAACGAAACAUUGGGAUUUUGUGCUGUUGUUUCUUUUUUGUUGUGUGUGUUGUGUUCUUCGACGUGUACAGAAAAUCCUUCGGGUAACCUAAAGUUGCCGAUUGCAGUUAAUCAGGGUACAAAAUUGCGAUGUGGUAUCCCUGAUUCUUGGCACAGUCAUGAACCAUUUGGGUACUAUGUAUGCCACGAAGAGGCGGCGCAGGAAUAGUAAAAGUGUUCGUGUGCCGCCCAAAGACUGCCAAACGAAGUCCAAUCCAAGUAAGAGGCAUCGUGAAAGAUUAAAUGCAGAACUGGACACAUUAGCAAGUCUUCUACCCUUUGAACAUAGUGUCCUUACUAAGCUGGACAAAUUAUCCAUUCUUAGAUUGAGUGUCAGUUACCUAAGAACAAAGAGUUAUUUUCAAACAGUCUUACAUCGCGACCACGAUAGACCAGAUCAUGGGCAUAAGUCGAGAGAUCUGUUAUAUCCCGAUAUGUUAAUGGAAGGUGAUUUGAUUUUGCAGGCCCUCAAUGGCUUCCUGUUGAUUUUGACAUGUGAUGGGGAGGUCUUUUACGCUUCACAUACAGUCGAAACUUAUCUUGGCUUUCAUCAGGUAUGGCUCAAUCUACUGUGA